AUGGCGUCGAAGGUCGAGGUCGAGGUUGAGAUGAAAUCCGAUGUGGGGAAGGUCUGGGACAACAUAAGAGAGUCGACUGAGGUUUUCCCGAAGGCACUGCCUCAUCACUACAAGAGCAUUCAGGUUCUUGAAGGCGAUGGCAAAUCUGCUGGCUCUGUUCGUCUCGUUACCUAUCAACCAGGACUGCCGGAUAUCACUAAACCGGCGAAAGAGAAGAUCGAGAAAGUGGACGAGGGGAGCAAAAGCCUAAGCUACAGCGUGAUCGAGGGAGAUGUGUUGAAUUACUACAAAAACUUCAAGGCUGGCCUGAGCGUGGGGGCUAAGGGAGAGGGGAGCAUUGUUAAAUGGUGGUGCGAGUUUGAUAAGGCGAGGGAGGAAGUCCCGAGUCCGGAUCUCAUUAGGGACUUCGCAAUCAAGAAUUUCCAGGAUUUGGAUGCUUACAUUAUUGGAAAAAAUAAUCCUUGA